AUGGAAUCUGGGAGAAGGGGAUGGAAUCUGGGAGAAGGGGAUGGGAUCAGGGAGAAGGGGAUGGAAUCAGGGAGAAGGGAUGAAAUCAGGGAGAAGGGGAUAGAAUUUGGGAGAAGGGGAUGGAAUCUGGAGAAGGGGAUGGAAUCUGGGAGAAGGGGAUGGAAUUGGGAAAAGGGGAUGGAAUCUGGGAGAAGGGAAUGGAAUGGGAGAAGGGGAUGGAAUCUGGGAGAAGGGGAUGGAAUCUGGGAGAAGGGGAUGGAAUCUGGGAGAAGGGGAUGGAAUCUGGGUGAAGGGGACAGAAUCUGGGAGAAGGGGAUGGAAUUUGGGAGAAGGGGAUGGAAUCUGGGAGAAGGGGAUGGAAUUUGGGAGAAGGGGAUGGAGUCCGGGAGAAGGGGAUGGAAUUUGGGAGAAGGGGGUGGAAUCAGGGAGAAGGGGAUGGAAUCCGGGAGAAGGGGAUGGAAUCUGGGAGAAGGGGAUGGAAUCCGGGAGAAGGGGAUGGAAUCUAGGAGAAGGGGAUGGAAUCCGGGAGAAGGGGAUGGAAUCUGGGAGAAGGGGAUGGAAUCUGGGAGAAGGGGAUGGAAUUUGGGAGAAGGGGAUGGAAUCUGGGAGAAGGGGAUGGAAUCUGGGAGAAGGGGGUGGAAUCUGGGAGAAGGGGAUGGAAUCUGGGAGAAGGGGAUAGAAUCUGGGAGAAGAGAUGGAAUCUGGGAGAAGGGGAUGGAAUCUGGGAGAAGGGGAUGGUAUCUGGGUGAAGGGGAUGGAAUAUGGGAGAAGGGGAUGGAAUCUGGGAGAAGGGGAUGGAAUCUAGGAGAAGGGGAUGGAAUCAAAGAAAAGGGGAUGGAGGGAUGGAAUAUGGGAGAAGGGGAUGGAAUCAGGGAGAAGGGGAUGGAAUCUGGGAGAAGGGGAUGGAAUCUGGGACAAGGGGAUGGAAUUUGGGACAAGGGGAUGGAAUCUGGGAGAAGGGAAUGGAAUCUGGGAGAAGGAGAUGGAAUCGGGGAGAAGGGGAUGGAAUCUGGGAGAAGGGGAUGGAAUGAGGGACAAAGGGAUGGAAUCUGGGAAAAGGGGAUGGAACCUGGGAGAAGGGGAUGGCAUCUGGGAGAAGGGGAUCGAAUCUGGGAGAAGGGGAUGGAAUCUGGGAGAAGGGGAUGGUAUCUGGGUGAAGGGGAUGGAAUAUGGGAGAAGGGGAUGGAAUCUGGGAGAAGGGGAUGGAAUCUAGGAGAAGGGGAUGGAAUCAAAGAAAAGGGGAUGGAGUCUGGGAGAAGGGGAUGGAAUCUGGGAGAAGGGGAUGGAAUCUGGGAGAACGGGGUGGAAUCAGGGAGAAGGGGAUGGAAUCAGGGAGAAGGGGAUGGAAUAUGGGAGAAGGGGAUGGAAUCAAGGAGAAGGGGAUGGAAUCAGGGAGAAGGGGAUGGAAUCUGGGAGAAGGGGAUGGAAUCUGGGAGAAGGGGGUGGAAUCUGGGAGAAGGAGAUGGAAUCUGGGAGAAGGGGAUGGAAUCUGGGAGAAGGGGAUGGAAUCUGGGAGAAGGGGAUGGAAUCUGGGAGAAGGGGAUGGAAUCUAGGAGAAGGGGAUGGAAUGAGGGAGAAGGGGAUGGAAUCUGGGAGAAGGGGAUGGAAUCUGGGAGAAGGGGGUGGAAUCUGGGAGAAGGGGAUGGAAUCUGGGAGAAGGAGAAGGGGAUGGAAUCUGCGAGAAGGGGAUGGAAUCUGGGAGAAGGGGAUGGAAUAUGGGAGAAGGGGAUGGAAUUUGGGAGAACGGGGUGGAAUCAGGGAGAAGGGGAUGGAAUCUGGGAGAAGGGGAUGGAAUCUGGGAGAAGGGGGUGGAAUCUGGGAGAAGGAGAUGGAAUCUGGGAGAAGGGGAUGGAAUCUGGGAGAAGGGGAUGGAAUCUAGGAGAAGGGGAUGGAAUCUGGGAGAAGGGGAUGGAAUCUAGGAGAAGGGGAUGGAAUGAGGGAGAAGAGGAUGGAAUCUGGGACAAGGGGAUGGAAUCUGGGAGAAAGGGGUGGAAUCUGGGAGAAGGGUAUAGAAUCUGGGAGAAGGGGAUGAAAUCAGGGAGAAUGGGAUGGAAUUUGGAAGAAGGGGAUGGAAUCUGGGAGAAGGGGAUGGAAUCUGGGAGAAGGGGGUGGAAUCUGGGAGAAGGGGAUGAACUCUGGGAGAAGGGGAUGCAAUCUGUGAGAAGGGGAUGGAAUCUGGGAGAAGGGGAUGGAAUCUUGGAGAAGGGAUGGAAUUUGGGAGAAGGGGAUGGAAUCUGGGAGAAGGGGAUGGAAUCUAGGAGUAGGGGAUGGAAUCAUGGAGAAGGGGAUGGAAUCUGGGAGAAGGGGAUGGAAUCUGGGAGAAGGGGGUGGAAUUUGGGAGAAGGAGAUGGAAUUUGGGAGAAGGGGAUGGAAUCUUGGAGAAGAAGAUGGAAUCUGGGAGAAGGGGGUGGAAUCUGGGAGAAGGGGAUGAACUCUGGGAGAAGGGGAUGGAAUUUGGGAAAAGGGUAUAGAAUCUGGGAGAAGGGGAUGAAAUCAGGGAGAAUGGGAUGGAAUUUGGGAGAAGGGGAUGGAAUCUUGGAGAAGGAGAUGGAAUCUGGAAGAAAGGGGUGGAAUCUGGGAGAAGGGGAUGAACUCUGGGAGAAGGGGAUGGAAUCUAGGAGUAGGGGAUGGAAUCAGGGAGAAGGGGAUGGAAUCUGGGAGAAGGGGAUGGAAUCUGGGAAAAGGGGGUGGAAGCUGGGAGAAGGAGAUGGAAUCUGGGAGAAGGGGAGAAGGGGAUGGAAUCUGGGAGAAGGGGAUGGAAUCUGGGAGAAGGGGGUGGAAGCUGGGAGAAGGGGAUGGAAUCUGGGAGAAGGGUAUAGAAUCUGGGAGAAGGGGAUGAAAUCAAGGAGAAUGGGAUGGAAUUUGGGAGAAGGGGAUGGCAUCUUGGAGAAGGGGAUGGAAUCUGGGAGAAGGGGGUGGAAUUUGGGAGAAGGGGAUGAACUCUGGGAGAAGGGGAUGGAAUCAAGGAGAAGGGGAUGGAAUCAGGGAGAAGGGGAUGGAAUCCGGGAGAAGGGGAUGGAAUCUGGGAGAAGGGGGUGGAAUCUGGGAGAAGGGGAUGGAAUCUGGGAGAAGGGGAUAGAAUCUGGGAGAAGGGGAUGGAAUCAGGGAGAAGGGUAUAGAAUCUGGAAGAAGGGGAUGAAAUCAGGGAGAAUGGGAUGGAAUUUGGGAGAAGGGGAUGGAAUCUGGGAGAAGGGGAUGGAAUCUGGGAGAAGGGGGUGGAAUCUGGGAGAAGGGGAUGAACUCUGGGAGAAGGGGAUGGAAUCUGGGAGAAGGGGAUGGAAUCUAGGAGAAGGGGAUGGAAUCAGGGAGAAGGGGAUGGAAUCAGGGAGAAGGGGAUGGAAUCUGGGAGAAGGGGAUGGAAUCUGGGAGAAGGGGAUGGAAUCUGGGAGAAGGGGGUGGAAUCUAGGAGAAGGGGAUGGAAUCUGGGAGAAGGGGAUGGAAUUUGGGAGAAGGGGAUGGAAUCUGAGAGAAGUGGAUGGAAUUUGGGAGAAGGGGAUAGAAUAUGGGAGAAGGGGAUGGAAUCUGGGAGAAGGUGAUGGAAUCUGGGAGAAGGGGGUGGAAUUUGGGAGAAGGGGAUGGAAUAUGGGAGAAGCGGAUGGAAUCAGGGAGAAGGGGAUGGAAUCUGGGAGAAGGGGGUGGAAUCUGGGAGAAGGGGGUGGAAUCUAG